UUUUAAUAAAAUUGUUUAACUUUAGUAAUGUUCACUAUUAAACGGAAUUGCUAAAAUUAAUUUAAAUGUAAUUUAUGCGUUUGUAAUGUAAUUUAUUGCAGCCAAAUGCAAAGUAUGCUGGGAGAAAUACGUACUUCCGUUACGUGUAAACUUUGGCGGUGGUUUUGUUUACAAAGUUGUUACCUGGUACAUUAACAAUAACAAGAUUUUCUGCGAUUCGUGACUACCUAUGAUUUACAGACUUUUAUUCACUCUCGCAUAUUUUUUUGGGGCCGACACCAAGCUACAAUCAUGUAUGGAGAGAAAGCCUUGGAACUUAUACGAGAGCUGCAGCGAUCUGCUGGUUCAGCUCUACCGCCAUUCAACGAGGAUGGCAUCAGACAAGUACUAGAAGAAAUGCGAGGCUUAUUUGAGCAAAACCAGCAAGAUGUGAGUGCAACAGUCGGAGGAGAGAUGGGUCUAUUUUCAGGUGUACAGCUCCGUCAUGCAUGCUUGGAACGAAAUCGGCGCUGCUUGUUAGCAUAUCUUUACAAUCGCCUCCUAAGGAUCAGAGACAUGAGGUGGGAAUUCGGGAGCGUUUUACCGCAAGAUAUCAAACUCUGCCUUUCUGAACACGAAUUGCAGUGGUUCAGUCGAUACAGCAAGUCUCUCGCCGGCUACAUGCGGUCGAUCGGCUCUCACGGCGGACUGGACCUCACGCAAGACACGAAGCCGCCAAAGUCCCUGUACAUCGAGGUGCGAUGUUUGGUUGAUUACGGAGAAUUUGAGACGGAUGAUGGUGACAUCAUACUAUUGAAGAAAAGUAGUCAGCAUUUUCUACCAAGGUCACAGUGUGAGCACCUCGUUAGACAGGGAAUUCUGGAACACAUCCUCUCGCUAUGACCAACUCUGCAGUCAUCAAACAAUCGGAGAACACAAGAUCAUGUUAAUACUGUGCCUAACAUCAAGAUGCGUUCGAGUAACGUUACACAUUGUGAACACAAGACUUCUCACGUUCGCCGAGAAGGGUUUUAUACUCGCAUAUUUAUAAGUAAUAAUAUUCGUGUUUCUAUAGAAAAUGAUUUCUUAUAUUAAACAGCCCACAACAGACAAUACAAGUGUUAUUUCACUAGCACAGUUGUAACCUAGAGACAGAAUGUAAAUAUCUACAGAAGAAUUAUUCCAAUCGUCUGCGUUUGCUAUAAUGCGUGCAUUUGUUGUUGUUUUUUAAUCACGGCACCACACCUCAUCAGCAGUGAUUGUUCUACAUCAUUGCUUAAAUGUUGCUGCUACACAUGACAAAAUUUACAACCCUGUGUCAAACAUGGGUCUCUACACGUUGGUACCAUGUUGUCCACCAGUUGGCGGUCAUGAUUACUUCCACGUCUCUCGACGCGACUGUCGAAAGUUAUUCGUGGCACGCCGGCAGGCUGCAACUCACAAACGUACAUUUGAUGACCACGCACCAAGUGGAAUGUUCGAUUGCUAAAUGCAUAAACGUGAGCAAAAUUCGCGCUGCAAAGCGUGGGCACCUCGGCCUGCGAUUGGUCGCCCCAUAAAUAUUCCAUAAUGCACCCAGUGUAUUAUGGGACUUGUACAGAUCUCCCACUUACACGCACGGUAGCCUAAUGCAUUAUAGGAUAUUUAUGGAUCUCCCUCGUGCACAUGCAAGGCAGACGAAUAACAGAUAGUCGGUGAUCACCCGUCGUAGCUCUACCUAUACAACAUUUAGUACGGCUAGUUCUACACACUGCAAGUUUAUACACGCCAAACCGAAAUAAACGACACGCUCAUCGUAAAAUCCACACACCGCCAUGCAGUACGAAAAAAAAAUCGAUCGCGAUGGAGCGACCAGCGUUGAAGAAAAGUACAGACAAAUUGGUUCGAUCGGCUAGCAAUCUUGUCACCCUGAGCAUGUCUAACCUGCGUGUUAACAUACCGAGCAGCACAGUUCUACUACACAAAAACAACUGCGCUUCUGAACUGAAUUUGCUCAACUAGCUGCAAGCCGUCUCACAACUUUAUAUGACACAAUGGUGAACUUGGCACAAGUGCAAACUUCGAUCGGUGUGAUUCAUGACGGUAAAAAUGCGCACGCUUAGCUACCGCGAAUAGAGCAGUUGUGUAGUAAUAGGCUAUAAUUACAUGCUCAUGUUUCUCCCAAAAGUCCACGACAACUGCAGCCAUGCCGAACGUAUACUUACAUGUCAUAAACCAAGGAAUGUUAUUAGUUGACCUCACGCUUGUAAAUGAUAUGCUAAAUAAU